CACAAUCUUUAGCCGAAGUGUCAAACUUCUAUUCUUCCUGACCAAAACUAGUUGGUGGUCCAGAACCACGGAAUAACUUCUCUACCGUAACCUAAAACCCUAAAAACUUGUUCGUCUUCUACGUCUUCCCCGGCCCCUCUCUCUCUCUCUCUUCUCUCACCGCAACUCUCUAUGGCAUCACCCGGAGAACUGAACCGAAACGACAUGGUAGUCGGCGAGGAGGCAAAGAAGAAACAAAAGAGAAGAAGAGAGAAGAAUAAGAAGAAUCUCAUCAACGAAGAAGAGGAAGAAGAUAAGCAACCGGAAUCGGAUGCACCCAACAGCGAAGGAGAACAAAAAGAGUCGAUUGAGUUGAAAAAGAAGAAGAAAAAGAUGAAGUUGGAGAGAGAGGAAGAGGAUGCGGAUGAAGAGAGAGAAGAAGAAGAAAGAGAAGAAGAAGGGUCGAAGAGUGAGGAGAAGAAGAGGAAGGUGAAGAUGAAUAGUGGGUCUGGGAUAAUGACUACGGAGAGGUUUGAGUCGUUGCCGAUCUCUGAACUGAGUCUUAAUUCUAUCAAGGAGAUGAACUUCCAGUGCUUGACGCAGAUACAAGCCAGAUCUAUUCCACCACUUUUGGAGGGAAAAGAUGUUCUUGGAGCUGCAAGGACAGGUUCUGGAAAGACCCUUGCUUUUCUUAUACCUGCUGUGGAGUUGUUACAUCAUAUCCGUUUUACUCCUCGUAAUGGGACGGGGGUGGUUGUCAUUUGCCCUACUAGAGAGCUAGCUAUACAGACACAUGCAGUGGCAAAGGAUCUUCUUAAGUAUCAUUCCCAGACUCUUGGCUUGGUUAUUGGUGGUGCAGCUCGCAGGGGUGAAGCAGAGCGUAUUGUGAAAGGAGUGAAUCUGUUAGUGGCAACCCCUGGCCGACUUCUUGACCACCUACAGAACACCAAGGGCUUCAUAUAUAAAAAUCUGAAGUGCCUCAUAAUUGAUGAAGCUGACAGGAUAUUGGAAGCCAACUUUGAAGAAGAGAUGAAGCAAAUCAUUAAGAUUCUGCCAAAGAAGAGGCAAACAGCUCUUUUCUCAGCUACGCAGACUAAGAAGGUUGAAGAUCUUGCUCGUUUAUCGUUUCAGACAACCCCCGUCUAUAUUGAUGUGGAUGAUGGGCGGAAGAAGGUCACUAAUGAAGGGCUGCAGCAAGGCUAUUGUAUUGUGCCAAGUGCCAAGAGAUUUAUUCUACUAUAUUCCUUCUUGAAGAGGAAUCUCUCAAAGAAAGUGAUGGUUUUCUUCUCUUCAUGUAAUUCUGUCAAAUACCACUCUGAACUUCUCAGAUACAUUCACGUGGAUUGCUUUGAUAUCCAUGGAAAACAAAAGCAGCAGAAACGUACAACCACUUUUUUUGACUUCUGCAAAGCAGAGAAGGGCAUCUUACUAUGUACUGACGUUGCUGCUCGUGGUCUUGAUAUCCCAGCUGUAGACUGGAUUCUGCAAUAUGAUCCCCCAGAUGAACCCAAGGAAUAUAUUCAUAGAGUUGGUCGUACAGCCCGUGGGGAAGGUGCAAAGGGAAAUGCCCUGCUUUUCUUGAUUCCAGAAGAAAUGCAGUUUUUGCACUAUCUUAAGAAAGCAAAAGUGCCGGUCAAGGAGUAUGAAUAUGACUUGAAGAAGUUGGCCAAUGUGCAAUCUCACCUGGAAAAGUUGGUGGCUAACAACUAUUAUUUGAACAAGUCCGCUAAAGAUGCAUAUAGAUCCUACUUAUUAGCCUAUAAUUCACAUUCCAUGAAGGACAUCUUUAAUGUUCACCGCCUAGAUCUCCAGGCUGUUGCUGCUUCGUUCUGCUUUACUAGUCCCCCGAAGGUAAAUCUUAACAUCGACAGUAAUGCAUCCAAGUUCAGGAAGAAAACACGCAAGGUUGAUGGAAGCCGGAGUGGAUUUAGUGAGAGCAACCCUUAUGGGAGACAGGCUGAGGAUGAUACACGGCAAUUUGUGAGGUACUAGCAAAAUAUGUAUCCAAUAUUAAGUGCAUGUUUUUGCACCAAUUUUGUGAUCUGAGGUUUUGUAGUUCAAGUAUUUUUUUUUCCUCUGGCAAAUAGUGGUCUCAGUGAUACUUUCUUUUCUUUAUAAUUGCCCUUUGAACAUUAAUCGUGUAAGUCAGAACUAGCAAUUUGAAUUAUGGCAUUAAUCCAGCCGUUGUAUGUUGUGUUA